ACAUACUGAAUGAAUCUCAAGAGAUCCAGUUUGAGGUCAAGAUUCCCAAGAACGCCUUCAUCAGCAAAUUCAGAAUGACCAUAGAGGGAAAAACAUAUGAUGGGGUUGUGAAGGAAAAAGAAGCAGCUCAGCAGCAAUACAAUCAAGCAGUAUCUCGAGGACAAAGUGCUGGACUGGUCAAAUCUGUUGGAAGGACUUUAGAGGACUUUAAAACUUCAGUGACGGUGGCUGCUUUUAGUAAAGUGACCUUUGAGUUGACCUACGAGGAACUGCUAAAGCGCCGCCUCGGCAAAUAUGAGCUACUCAUCAAUGCCCAACCGAUGCAGCCGGUGGCUGACUUCAAGAUGGAUUUGCACAUCCAAGAGAAACCAGGAAUUUCCUUCUUGGAGGUGAAAGGAGAUUUGAGCACCGGGGAUUUGGCCAAUGCCAUCAAAACCACCAGAGCAGACAAAGACGCAUGGGUGACCUUCUACCCCACACGAGAUCAACAGACCACGUGUAAAAGCUGUGGAGAAAAUGGGUUGAAUGGAGACCUGCUUGUAACAUACGAUGUUGAGAGACGAAAUCCCAAAGGAGAAGUCAUGGUAUCAAAUGGCUAUUUUGUCCACUACUUUGCACCCUCUGAUGUUCCACGUAUUCCCAAAAAUGUGGUGUUUAUCAUUGACCGGAGUGGCUCUAUGCACGGCAGAAAAAUAGACCAGACUCGUUUGGCACUGCUAAGGAUUUUGAGUGAUCUUGAUGAGGACGACCACUUUGGAUUGAUCACAUUUGACAGUGAGGUUAGCUUAUGGAAGCGUGAACUCCUCAAAGCUACUGGGACAAACCUGGAGAAUGCGAAAUCUUUCGUGAAGGAGAUCAGAGAUAGAGGAGCCACGGACAUAAACGCUGCAGUUCUAGCAGGAGUGGACAUGAUCAGUCGACACCCACGAGAGGGAACAGCCUCCAUCCUGAUCCUGCUGACUGAUGGAGAUCCCACUUCAGGUGAAACCAACAUAGAGAAGAUAAUGGCCAAUGUGAAAGAGGCCAUUGGGACAAAGUUUCCCCUCUAUUGUCUUGGCUUUGGAUAUGAUGUAAACUUUGACUUCCUGACAAAGAUGUCACUGGAAAAUGGUGGGGUUGCUCGCAGGAUUUAUGAAGAUUCGGACGCUGAUCUACAGCUGCAGGGCUUCUAUGAUGAAGUUGCGGUCCCUCUCCUCACUGAUAUUCAACUUAAAUACCCAGGAGGGACAAACCUUACCAAGACCAGCUUUAGCUUGUACUUCAAUGGCUCUGAGAUUGUGGUGUCAGGACAAAUCACAGACAACAGUGUGGAGAGUUUCACCACUGAAGUCAUCGCAGUAUCAAAAGGCAGUAAUGUGACGUAUCAGGACACUAUAAUGACAAAAGACCCCAGUGAUGUCCCUCCUGAGAAUGAAGAUUUCAUGCAGAGAUUGUGGGCCUACCUUACAGUGAAGCAGCUUCUGGAGAGACAGGUGCUUCUUAAAGGAGAAGAGAAAGAGGAUGAAAAGAAGGAAGCUCUUAAACUCUCCCUGAAAUACCAGUUUGUCACUCCCCUCACCUCUAUGGUUGUUACCAAGCCACAGGAGGGUGAAGUGGAAGUUGCCGACAAACCCAAAGAGGGAGAAGCGCUGCCCAGACCUCCAGCAAUGCACCCGCGUCCUGUACCUAGCGGUCCUUUUGGAUCACCAGGAUUUAAAUCGUACCUUUAUCAGCGAGGUCUGCCCGGUCCACCAGCAGCUUAUCCAGUGUUGCGUGGAUCAGGAGGAUAUAGUGGCACUCAUCCAGGGCUUGGUGGUGGACAAUAUCGCACUGAGCGUAUUCAGGCUAACCGUUUCUAUCCAGUAGCUGAGGAUUUCCAGUCUAGCGGCAUAUUGCUCGCUGAACAAAUGCCCAUGAUUACAAGGAGAGUAACUGUACUUUCUACAAUGUCAGCUCCACCAGCUCAUAGCAGUCGUUUCCUGCUGCCUGUUGUUGGUCAGUCUAAGCCGCUUUGUUUUGACGUUCCUGUUCCUCACAAACUCCGACUCCUACAGGAUUCAGCUUCAGAAUUCUCUAUGAAUGGAGAAUCCAUGACUGGACAAAAUGGAUGUCGUAAAAUUGCAUUUCAUUACAAAACAAACCAUCAUCUGACAAUAAGCACAACGUCUAUCAGAUACCACGACGGCCAGAAUCAUGUUGAGUUUCUGUGGGACCAGGAACCGACCCAACACAAUACAGAGGACGUGUCUCUGAUUCUACGGAGUAAUGAAAUAGACGUCACCAUGGGAAAUAUCCGUGUCAUUAUUCUGCUUCACAAGGAAAACGGGGACGUGUUUCUGUGGCCUGCUGUUCAGCAACAGCCAAAAGAUGUCAUGUUGUCGGGUAUUUUAGGAGAGGCUGAUAUUUCAUAUGAGGAGAUCCCAGGAUCACAAACCACAACUUUAAAGUUAAAGGACCAAGAAGUGAAGACAUCUUGGGUGAUGGUGAAGGACUACAGACUUGCUUCUGCUCCUGUGGUUGGAUGUUGGCUUGUACCAUUCCAGGCUGUUGCGCAGCAAGAGCUCGCUGACUUCACUGUCACUCAGCUGUAGAGUUCAGCAAA